UUGUUGAUAUCAACUGUCGAAUUACUGGGUCUGCAAUUGCCUUUGGUGGCUGAGUCACAAGUAUCCAGUAGUAGUGAGAAGCACAGCAACGUAGGCAUAUUCGGAAAUGAUCCAGACUCCAAAUUUACUACUUCUAGCCCAACUAGACGAUCUCCAUUAGUCUCGGAUGCCUCCAUGUUUUUACGGAUCGAGGCUUUGCUCUACCUGACCGGAUGCCUCAAGUUUCUCAUUCUCUCACCAAUCGUUGGGGCCAAAGAUGGCCGUCUCUUAACGCAGCAUCUGAUUCCGCCGCCAACCACUUCCGAGAAGAUGACAUUCGAAGGCUGCGGAUCAUCGGCAAAUCGGAUCUCCUCUCCACCACUCCCUGCCCUCGUCAGCUGGAGCACACCACCUCCAAAUGAGCCCACGGAAGUGGCGGCUACAUCUUCUUCGUCGAGGCCAGCAGUCUACAUGUUACCAACACUGGUGCAGUUAUAUUGGGAGGCUGAGCAGUUGUUGGCUGUGUGCGAGUCGACGGAUUGGCAGCAAAAUGCUGGAGGCCCGGAGUGCUCUAUUAAAUGGGAGUCAGUCGAUAAGGUUUGUAGCAAUGGUGAUGUUGGCCAAGGUGAUGCUAAUAGCAAUGGCAGCAGAAUCACUGGGUCCAGUUUGGAUGCAGAACCGGCUGAGAAACAGCCUUUUGUCUCCACAACACAGUCGCCGGACUGCCUUAUCGAGGCCAUUUAUCAUGUAUUGGUGCAGGUGAGGAUCAUUUUCGCCUAUCGACAGUUUGCCCAAUAG